CUACUUAGCUAUGAACUAUUCCUACAUUAUUUGUAGUAUGUAAGAAUUAGUGUUUGUUUUGCGUGCUGGUAAUGUGUUUCGGUGAGUCAGUGAUUCAUGUGGAUCUAGAUGUCUGUAUUUAAAGUGAGAAGAUCAAAGUUGCUGUUUUUUCCAUAAUGCUGGGAGAUAAACUACAAACUAAUGUGCAUCUGAGGCAUCAGAACUGAUUUUACAUUUUAGCCAUUUAACGACUUACAUUAGUUACAGGAUACAGUCUGAGCAAGUGAGGGUUAAGGGCCUUGCUCAAGGGCCCAACAGCAGCUACCUGUCAGUGGUGGGGCUUGAACCAGCGACCUUCUGAUUACUAGUCCAGUACCUUAACCACUAGCCUAUAGCCUACUUGCAUAUUUUCAUUUAGGUGUCACAAGUAGAAGUUCUGCAUUCAGAUAUAGUAUUAUAGUGCAGUGAUGUUGAGUGGACUAGUGUACGCGUUGUUGGCAGGAUUACUUGGUGCUGUGGCGUCCUCAUCUGCAAAGUUAUCUCUUGGUGCCAGUUACCUCCAGGAGCUGUGUGUUACUGCUGUGAGAAAAUUGACUGACCAGGAGGGAAGUUUAACCCCCCUUGUGGACACUACAGCUUGCGAAUGGUUACACAUUCCUCUGAGGCUGAUAUGUGGCCUCCUGUUGUUCCUCUCUAAUGCUGUGAUGUGGACGUUCUUUGCCAAAGCUCUGCGGCACUCCUCGUCUUCUGCCCGGGCUACUGUCACAACUACUGCUUCCAAUUUCAUCUCCUCUGCAUUCCUUGGACAUGUGAUCUUUGGGGAAAGCCAUGCCCUGUUGUGGUGGGUUGGCAUCACCUUAACCCUACUGGGGCUCUUCAUUUUGCAUGGAUCUUUUACUCAGGAACAAAAAGUGGAUGUGAAAAAGGAUGACUAAGCUCUCUGCUGUGUUAGCUAAAGAAAACCGAAGAGAUAUGAUGCAAUACCAACAGAAAAGAUAAUGCAUUUACAUAGUAAAUCUAGGAAAGUACAUUUUAGCUGGAGAUAAAAGAGCUUUAGGAGACCUAAUUAAAGGCCAGGACAUUGGACCUACAACAUUAAGGUUGCAAUUAAAUUUUGCAUAUGAACACAACCUGGAAAUGUGGUUUGAUCUAAGUCUACACAAUGCUAAGGCAAAAAUGCACUGGAAAAGGUUGUAUUUUUUUAUUAAAGCAUAUGUUUUUACUCACAUUUAAUGGUUAAUUUACACAAAACAUGACAAUGUGUUUCACAAAUUAUUUCAAUAUUUAUUAAAAAAGGAUAAAGCUCAAGUGUGUAAAACAAUGCACAGACCUCCAUAGAUAAACGGUUUAAAUGCUACAGCGUGCACUUACUUAACCUUAAGUUUUGCACUUGAAACAUCUACACUGGUAAUGUGUAGCUGAGGUCCACUUACAUGUUUACAUAAAUAGCAUUAACAUAUCACAGCUUUAGGUUAAAAUGGUAAACAACUUGAUAUAAAGGGGCUCCUGUUAGUUAGCCAUGCCCAGGUGUCACUCCUGUCUCUUUGCCAAAUACCUGGGAUUCAGAUCCACAUACCAAGAAAAAGUAGCUUUUUUAAUGUUGACAAGCAAACAAAUGACAAGCUCUGAACAAUACAGCACUUUUUGGUCAUGAUAAAACUUUAAGGCACUAAAGAUGACAAUAAGAAAUGUAUUUGUUUAAGGAGCCAAUUUCCUAAUAAAACCACUUAUUUUUCUAA